UCUUCGAAAGGAAGACAAUAAAUGGUAGCGAUAAGGUAAACAGAACCGCUUCCCGUUGUCAAAUGCUUUAACAUCGAUUAGAGAAAUGACUAGGAACGUAAACAUACGGCGGUCGUUAGCGUGCCGACGAUUGUUUACGAUUCUUGCAUACGAAACGGACUCUUAUCUCGUGUUCGUGUCGGUGAUUGUCGAGUGGACUCGCAGAGGUUCGAUUUCAACGCGAUUCGAACGACACUCUCGUAUGUAUCGCACGGUCAGCUGAAUGAAAUUCAUCGUUUGCCGAUCGCUUCCGAAUCGUAUUCUAGUAAAUCCUGCUACAUUCCAGAGAUUAUAUCGCGCACCUAUCUCGGCACCCUUUGAUUACGUAUCCUUUAGAUUUAAUCGCAGUCAGAGAUGGGUAAUAUUUUAUUGGAAUAAUUCAUUGGAAAAUGCUCGAUUAGCGUCUCGUCCCAGAUACCAGCACAGAUAUGUCCACUUUAUCGGCUUAAUAAUUGAUCGUUCGCUCGCUCGCUCACUGGAGUGACAUCCAAAUGACACGACCGCGAAGUGCAACGCCGACGGCAGGAAGAAUCCUGGCGCGACUGAUGGCAAAUGUGUGCCCGUGCUAGCGGCACGAUUGUUUACUCUUGCAGCUUUAAUUCCGCUUUAUCGCGACCGAUGGAAAACCGCGAACCAUUUGGAUCUCCGGGUGUUAUUUGUGCCGUUGCUCGGAGACUAUUCGACCACUUACUGCGCCGUCGAGAAUGAUUCCGUUCCGCAGUUCGUCCUCGACGUUUACGUCGAAUCCCUGAGAAAGAAAGAAAGAGCUGCUUCUCGACCUCGACCUCGACCUCGACCUCGACAUCAUCAUCGACCAGCUCGAGGUGGCGGAAAAGUAGCCCGCGAAACGAAUGGCGCUCCUGGAAAGAAACACUUCUGUGAAUCCUUUGACCAGAAAGGAUCUCGUUCGAAACAUAAAGGCACGCGUGAAACCUUUCGACGUGGAAACCACGUUCGUGGAAUUGAACGCGGAAAAGAAGAAUCGAGGGAAAAAGUAUCGCGGACCAGAUUCACCGUUAUAUUCGGCGAUUUAUCCUUUAGUAUGCAUCAUGAAAGUGUUCGGCUUGGCGCCGUACGAUUUCGCAGGCGAUCGGAUGACCGUAUCGAACAUUUGCCUCGUACUUUCUCUCGCCUUCCUCGUUCUUUAUUCGUACAUCAUAUACAUGGUGUAUCUGAGAUUCAUCGAUACGAAACGGGAUAAGUCGAUCGUAGCGGUAGUCGAGACCGUCAAGGUGAUCGUCAACUACUUGGUGGCAAUGUACGAACUCGUGUCGACCGUGUUCAGUAGACGCUCCUUUCUUCGCAUUUGGAACGCUCUUCAAGACUUGGACGAAAGGCUGGCCAGCUUGGGUUAUCCACUCAAGGAAACAAAGACCAAGAUCGCUGUUUGGGCUCUUUUGGUAAUCCAAACCGUCGUCUGGACCAUAAUUAAUCUUAGCGGAAUAUACGCGUACUCUGAAAAAUGGUCAUUUAACGUUAGCUACAUGUGCAUUUAUCUGGGCACUACGAUGUCCGUGUACAAAUUCGCCGGAAUGACGUUUUUCGUCGGGCAGCGCUUCCAUCAGCUGAAUCGGAUGGCGAGGGAGAACCUACCGCCGAAAAUUGGUUACAAGAGCACCACCAUCAGUAGAAAGACUAUCCAGGAUCUGCACAACGAAUUAAUGUUGACCGCCGAGUUGCUGAACAGUAUCUACUCGUGGUCCUUGUUCUUUUGGCUGGGAAAUUUGAGCGUACACAGCGUGAGCAACUUGUAUUUUAUCAUCGAUUGGGUUAUCUUGUCGCCUUGGUCGAAGAUACCCUGGCGAAUGAUAUGCAACAUGUGGUUCUGGCUAGUCGCGUUUAUAACGCAGCUGGUGGCCCUGCACAUUGGCUGCGAUUACGCGAGUACCGAGGCUAACUCCAUGGGCGCCAUUGUACUCGAGUGGGACGCUAGAGUGAUCAAGAGAUUUCCUCACGACGACAGCGUUCGCACCUCGCUGCAUUUUUUGAACAGACGUCUCCGUUUCAACGCCGGUGGACUUUUCGACAUCAAUUUGCCACUCCUGUGUUCGAUCGUCGGAGUGCUGUCGACAUACCUGGUCAUCCUUCUACAGUUUCCAGCUUGAACGUUCCAGCUGCGCCAGCAAACGAAACAAGGCGAGCGAAGCCGUCCGAGAGGUUCAAUAAAAUUCAUUCGAUCCACGAUCACGAGACGCAUUUUUCACCAAACAUUUAUUCCGAACAAUCGCGCCAUGUUCGACCAACCGUAUCUUCCUCGAAACCACUUUUUCUCUGGUAAGUACCGCGUCCAGAAUUUUGCGCGUCCCAGUCGAUCCGCAUUUGCAUAGAAAUUGCGCGCGUUAGCGACAAAAGGUCCUCGCUCGA